AUGAUUGCUACAGAAAUAAACACCGAUUUGAUUUUUUUUAUAUUUUCAUUCUGGUUCCUAGGAGUCCAAGGAGAGCCCGGAACACCAGGAGAAUCGGGAGAAAGAGGACCCCAAGGACCACCAGGAGAAUCAGGAGACAGAGGUCUAAAAGGUGAUAGAGGAGAAGUUGGGUAUGGUGAACCUGGAGACCCUGGACCGAUGGGAGUCCAAGGAGAUCCUGGACCAAUAGGCGAAACGGGAGAAAGAGGUCCAAAAGGUGAAAGGGGAGAAGUUGGGUAUGGUGAACCAGGAGACCCUGGACCGAUGGGAGAUCUCGGACCACCUGGAGAAUCAGGAGAAAGAGGUCCACAAGGCCCACCAGGAGAAUUGGGAGAAAAAGGUCCAAAAGGUGAUGGAGGAGACCCUGGACCGAUGGGAGUCCAAGGAGACCCUGGACCAAAAGGCGAAACGGGAGAAAGAGGUCCAAAAGGUGAAGUUGGCUAUGGUGAACCAGGAGACCCAGGAUCGAUCGGUAAGUAA